AUCCUAAAAAUGACGUUGCAUUCCGUCGUAUAUUUGGCUCAGAGAAGAACAAAGAUAUUCUUAUUCAUUUUAUUAAUGAUGUAUUGGAGCUGAAAAAUGAUGAUAAAAUUAAGGAAGUAACAUUCUUGCCUACUAUUCAAGUACCAGAGAUUGCUGCUAAAAAGCAAAGUAUAGUAGAUGUAUUAUGCAAGAGUGAAAAGGGAGAGCAGAUAAUUAUUGAGAUGCAAGUAUCGCCACAAGAAGGAUUUGAGAAGAGAGCCCAAUAUUAUGCGGCAAAAGCCUAUUCAAUGCAGUUAAAUAAGGGGUCGGAUCUAGUAAUAAAACGAGCAUAUGAAGAAUUAAACCAAUUUAAUUGGACAGAAGAAGAAUUAUUCAUUUACGAGCAAGAAACUAAACGCAUAAUGGAUAACAGGGCUGCAGAAGAUUACUUAAUAAAAACAGCUGAAGCUAGGGGUAAAGCUGAAGGUAUCCGGAUAGGGAAAGCUAAAGCUAGAGCAGAAAAAAUAGAAAUAGCUAGAAAAUUCAAGCAAUCAGGAGUUUCUUGCGAUAUAAUCGCGCAAUCUACUGGGUUAACUAAAAAAGAGAUUGAAGAAUUGAACUAG